UUUAGAAGCGUUGGCAUUAUUUUUGUACACAAUAUUCCCACUUGCACUCCCUCUCUCUGUGUACCCUCCGCAUCGAGAAGGGAGCAAAACAAAGGAAGAAAAAACAAUGGCUUCUCCGGUGACACUUCCGAUCUCCAGUCCGCAAUCUACGGGUACUGCCGGAUCUCAAUCUCAGGCCCCUAUCUCCACUCCCGCAUUCCGUUCAUUCAUAUCUCGUCUUUCAUCUUCGAUCCGUCAAGGUUUCGCUCAACGACGCCCUUGGUUAGAACUUCUCGACCGCACAUCAUUUGCCCGUCCUGAUUCCGUCGCUGAAGCAGCCUCGCGCAUCCGCAAAAACUUCUCCUACUUUCGCGUCAAUUACGUUACCUUACUUGCUAGCGUACUCGCUCUUUCCCUUCUAUCUCAUCCUUUUUCUCUCCUUGUCCUUCUUGCUCUCCUAGGAGGAUGGUUUUUUCUCUAUCUGUUUAGACCUUCAGAUCAGCCUGUUGUUAUCUUUGGCCGUACUUUCUCUGAUCGUGAAACGUUGGGUAUCUUAGUGGUAUUCACCAUUAUUGUGGUGUUCCUCACCAGUGUUGGAUCCCUGCUUAUCUCUGCUCUUCUUGUUGGACUGGCUAUUGUUUCUGCUCAUGGAGCUUUUAGGGUUCCUGAAGAUUUGUUCCUUGAUGAUCAAGAGCCGGCCAACGUUGGAUUCCUUUCGUUCCUCGGUGGUGCUGCUUCAUCUGCCGCCGCUGCCGCUGCGCCGGCUGUUGCUGCUCGUGUGUAGUCGGAUCCAUUUGAUUUGGAGACAUGAUUAUGAGGUUGGUUUGGAGCUUCUAUAUUUGAUGUGAAUCAGUUAUUCAAUUUAAUUGAACUGUAAUAUUCUUGGUAGAGAAAAACUAGUUUCUGCGUCGGAUUUUGCAGAAAAUAUUUAGAAAUUUUGUAUUCAGAUUAUAGAUCUAGAUUGGAUCUGUAAUUUCCAACUUUUAGAUCUAUAUUUAACUCCUUACUUU